CGUGGCUUGACGAAAGAACAAGAAGCUCGGUACAGUUUCCAAAUUCGUACCUUGAGGGCAGCUCUUGCGCUGCGUGAGCAACUGGUCACGCUUCGAGACGGCAUGCACGUGCAUCCCAAGCACCAGGAAUGGGCUGCUGCUUGUGGUGUGUCCGUGAUUGUCCUACGACAGGUUCUAGAUGAGGGGCAACAAGCUCGCGCUGCUCUCGUGGCUGCCAACCUGGGCCUCGUUACGGCACUUGCAAAACGACAGCUCAGCACGUUGCAGACCGCCACCGAAGCAGGACGUGGAGUGGGCACCAUUCUGACGCUACAAGACCUCAUCCAGGAAGGUACACUAGGAUUGAUGAAAGCAGCAGAGCGCUUCGAGCCCGAACGCGGGUGGCGCUUCAGCACGUACGCGACUUGGUGGGUCCGACAGCGCAUCCUCAAGUCGGUGUCGGAUUCGUCACGAACCAUUCGGCUACCGGCACACGUACACGGGACCCUCCAACGCAUUCAAAAAGCAAAAGCGUGGUUCCGGGCCCACGGAGAAGAGGCCACUCUGAGUAGUUUGGCGCAGUACCUGGAAUUGCCGGUGGAAAAGGUGCGACUGUAUACCGACUCGUCUCGGAACGUGAUGAGUUUAGAAACACCAUUGAAGGGCCGAAGCGCUUUCAAAGACGAGAACACGCGGACUCUCGGGGAUACGUUGGCGUCGGACGAAAAGACGCCGGAAGAAAACGUCGAAGCGCAGGCUUUGCGACUGGACUUGGAGCAUGUAAUGAUUAAGGUGUUGACGGAUGUGGAGCAGAAUGUGUUGCGGAGACGAUUCGGGCUGGAAGAUGGGACUUCUUGGUCAUUGGAAGAAACGGCCAAACAACUAGGGAUGUCUCGGGAUCGGAUUCGCCUUGUCGAAGCCCGAGCACUGAAUAAAUUGCGACGUCCACAACAGAAUUAUAAGCUUCGAUCAUACAUG